CGACGGCCAACGGGACACUCGCCUGGGCUAACGAAUGGUUAGGCUAUUUGGCACUCGGCAUGUUCUCAAUGGUGCUGUUUAUACCGACGUUAGGUAUUAUAGGACUUAUGGUUUGGGAGUAUUUCUCCGAUGAGGCCGAGAGGAAAGCCGAGCGCCAGAAGGAGAUCGAGCAAGUGAUGCGCGAACGAUAUUUUGGCAAAACAAAAGACAAAGACGAGGAUAACGACGAUUUGGAUGAUUUGGACGAACAGAUGGACGGAGAAGACGAUGACGACGAAGAAGAGGACGAGGAGGAAGACGAGGGACCGGCAGAGAAGGAGACACUCAUCCAUAAGCGCAGACCUAAGAUGACAAAAGCCGAAGAUUACGACUGCCUUUAGCCUC